AUGCCGGGACGUCGCCGGGUGCGCAUGAGAUGGGAGUUUCCGAUGCCGCAUUCUCCCGACGUAACGUUUUGGGGCACGAAGUUUAGCAUGAAACAACGAGCACAAACGGCACCGUACCGUGAAGACGCGCUGAUUGCUUCGGUUCCCAAGGACACACAGCCGGACCGCAGCGGUACCUAUCGCAUCAAUCCUUCCCCAUCAUCGCUCGACCGGAUCCAGCGGAUCUACGGCAAAAUGAUGGAUCGAAUACCGUCGCUAUCGAUACCGGGAUUAUCGCUUUCGCAUUCGCUAUCCAUACCGACAUCGCAGGCCCUCUCGAAUCAAUCAUCGCACGCACUGAACUCGCUCGGACUACAUACGCAAAAUUUGCAUGCCUCAUCCGUGAACGCGCUGCACAACUCACAAACGACCAACCUGCACCAGAACGUUGGCGGUCUGCUGAACGGUGCGGCCGGCAAUGGCCUGCUCGGUCAGGCGAUGUUGAAGAAACCGGCCGAGGAGCACAUAAAGCGACCGAUGAACGCGUUCAUGGUGUGGUCACGGUUACAGCGAAGGAAAAUUGCUCAGGACAACCCGAAAAUGCACAACUCGGAAAUCUCCAAACGGCUCGGUGCUGAAUGGAAGCUAUUAACCGAAGACGAGAAGCGACCCUUCAUCGACGAAGCGAAGCGUCUGCGGGCGAUGCACAUGAAGGAGCACCCGGACUACAAGUAUCGGCCGCGCCGGAAGCCGAAACCGAUCCGGCGCGACGGAUACCCGUACCCGAUGACGUACCCAUCGGUGCCCGUCGAUGCGCUGCGUGCCGGUAUUACGCCGAGCUACUUCGCGCCGGGCGCUCCCUACCAUUUAGGAAGCCAUUUGUCACAAGCCAGUCCACCCACGACACAGUCAUCGAUCGCAUCCCAGAUGGACGUGUCGAAGUUUGCCCUCGACCGUAGCGCAUACCUCAACACUGCCGCUGCCGGGGCCCUUUACGACACGACCAAAUCGCAAACCAACCCGUACAGCGCCUAUCUCGAUCCAACCUCCGUCCUGACGAAGGCCUACUUCGACUCGAAGAUGUACCAGGAUCGGGCACAGGCCGCCGCCAACUAUGCAUUUGACAUUUCCAAGAUCUACGGUUCCACCGCCCAGCAGCAGAUCGGCAGCAGUGGCGGCAACGGUGCCCAGCAGCAGCAUCAACAGCACCAACAGCAACAGCAACACCAGCAGCAACAGCAGCCACAGCAACAUCAGCCACAUCAACAGUCAUCCCAUCUGCACCAUCCGCUGCACCAUCAGCAUCAGCUGCAGAACGGUGGCAGCGGCAGUGGACUCGACGAGCGAGAAUCGACACCCCAGCUGAGUGACGUCGCGCCCGACAUCAAGCCACAGAUCGGGGAACCGCUCGAGGGCUCUCCGCUGCACAGCCACAGCUACGGCGCUGGUUUGCUGGGCGGUGGUGGUGCUGCAGCCUCCGGCCUAUAUCAGUAUUCUGCCGCGGCAAUGGCUGCCAGUCAGGCGGCCGCUAAUGGGAACGGCAGCUCUAGUGCGAAUGGUGGUGGCGGAGGAGGUGGUGGUGGUGGCAGCGGUGGUGGUGUUGGUGGCACUGCCGGUGAAUACCGACGGCCGCUCACCGUCAUCUUUUGA